AUGUUUCUGAAAAAUAGUGAUGCAUCAAAGGAUUUACCUAUUGUUUUUAAAGAGUCUCCUGGUUUUCCUUCAGAGAGAGUGGACCAGCAGAUCUCAGAGUCCCCCAGUGGUCCGUCUGUCCAGCAGCAUCAGACCCAGCUGGACUCCGUCUUUCAGCUGCUGGAGGACGACAUUGUCAUGUUUGUGAAGGACGAGCUGAAGAAGAUCCAGAAGGUUCUGAGGCCAGAUUACCCAGAAUCCUCAGAGAGUCUGGAGGAGGAUGAAGAUGAAGAGCAGAAGAGCAUCAGAGAGACAUUCAUGAAGAUCACAGUGAAGUUCUUGAGGAGGAGGAAGCAGGAGAAGCUGGCCGACCUCCUGCAGAGCAAGACCGUCGCUGCCGUUUGUCAAUCCAAACUCAAAGUUCAGCUGCAGAAGAAGCACCAGCAUGUGUUUGAGGGAAUCAUUAAAGCAGGAAAUAAAACCCUUCUGGAGCAGAUCUACACGGAGCUCUACAUCACAGAGGGAGGGACCGGAGAGGUCAACGAAGAACAUGAAGUCAGACAGAUUGAAGCAGCUUCCAGGAAACCAGACAGAGCAGAAACAGCCAUCAGACAGGAAGACAUCUUUAAACCCCCACCUGGAAGAGAUGAACUAAUCAGAACAGUGAUGACGAAGGGAGUGGCCGGCAUCGGGAAAACAGUCCUAACACAGAAGUUCAGUCUGGACUGGGCUGAAGGCAGAACCAACCAGGACAUCCAGUUCCUGCUUCCAUUCACCUUCAGACAGCUGAAUGUGCUGAGAGAGGAGAAGUUCAGCUUGGUGGAACUAGUUCAUCACUUCUUCUCUGAAACCAGAGGAAUCUGCAGCUUUGAAGAGUUCCAGGUCGUGUUCAUCUUUGACGGUCUGGAUGAGAGUCGACCUCCUCUGGACUUCCACAACUCUACAUUCCUCAGUGACCCCAGAAGGUCCACCUCAGUGGACGUGCUGCUGACAAACCUCAUCAGGGGGAACCUGCUUCCUUCUGCUCGUCUCUGGAUCACCACUCGACCUGCAGCAGCCAAUCAGAUCCCUCCUGAGUGUGUUGACAUGGUGACAGAAGUCAGAGGGUUCACUGACCCACAGAAGGAGGAAUACUUCAGGAAGAGGUUCAGAGAUGAGGAGCAGACCAGCAGGAUCAUCUCCCACAUCAAGACAUCACGGAGCCUCCACAUCAUGUGCCACAUCCCAGUGUUCUGCUGGAUCACUGCUACGGUCCUGGAGAACGUCCUGGAGAACGUCCUGGAGAACGUCCUGGAAACCAGAGAGGGAGGGGGGCUGCCCAAGACCCUGACUGAGAUGUACAUCCACUUCCUGGUGGUCCAGGUCAAACUGAAGAAGGCCAAGUAUGACGGAGGAGCUGAGACGGAUCCACACUGGAGUCCAGAGAGCAGGACGAUGGUGGAGUCUCUGGGGAAACUGGCUUUUGAGCAGCUGCACAAUGGAAACCUGAUCUUCUAUGAACCAGACCUGAGAGAGUGUGGCAUCGAUAUCAGAGAGGCCUCAGUGUACUCAGGAGUGUUCACCCAGAUCUUUAGAGAGGAGAGCAACCUGUACCAGGACCAGGUCUUCUGCUUCAUCCAUCUGAGUGUCCAGGAGUUUCUGGCUGCUCUUCAUGUCCACCGGACCUUCAUCAAGUCUAGAGUCCACCUGCUGGAUGAACAGAGAAACACAGAGACUGACCUCUAUCAGAGUGCUGUGGACAAGGCCUUACAGAGUCCCAACGGACACCUGGACUUGUUCCUGCGCUUCCUCCUGGGUCUUUCACUGAGAACCAAUCAGAACCUCCUACGAGGUCUGAUGGAACCAAAACAAAGAACUUCCCUGACCAUUCAGAACCGCCUACGAGGUCUGAUGAAACUAGAACAAAGAAGUUCACAGAACAAUCAGGAAACAGUUAAAUACAUCAAGGAGAAGAUCAGUGAGGAUCUGUCUGCAGAGAGAAGCAUCAACCUGUUCCACUGUCUGAAUGAACUGAACGAUCAGUCUCUGGUGGAGGAGGUCCAAGAGUCCCUGAGGUCUGGACGUCUUUCCACAGAUAAACUGUCUCCUGCUCAGUGGUCGGCUCUGGCCUUCAUCUUACUGUCAUCAGAAAAGGAUCUGGAAGUGUUUGACCUGAAGAAGUUCUCAGCUUCAGAGGAGGCUCUACGGAGGCUGCUGCCGGUGGUCAAAGCCUCCAAGAAAGUUGUGUUGAGUGACUGUCACCUCUCAGAGGACAUCUGUCCACUUCUGUCCUCAGUUCUCAGCUCUCAGUCCUCCAGUCUGACAGAACUGGACCUGAGCAACAACGACCUGCAGGAUUCUGGACUGAAGAAGCUGUGUCCUGGACUGGAGAGUCCACACUGUCACCUGGAGUCUCUCAGGCUGUCAGGCUGUCUGAUCUCAGAGGAAGGAAGUUCUUCUCUGGUCUCAGCUCUGACCUCCAACCCCUCCCACCUGAGAGAGCUGGACCUGAGCUACAACCAUCCAGGGAAGACAGCAGGGAAACUUCUG